UCCCGACUGGCCAAAGGAACUGUUCGACUUCCGCGACCGACCAGAAACUUUAAAUAGUCGACAUGAAGUCGAGGGAAAAGAAUGGUUCUGCGGAUAGUAAAUCGGACGUGGCCCUGGUCAAUGUUUUGUCGCAGCAAAAGCAGAGGAGGCAUAGAUUGUCCUGGUACUACACACCAUCCUUUCUCCUCCUGUGGGUGGCCCUAUUCUACGCAGUGGUAUAUCCCUUAUACCAUCGCCUGCCGGAAAGCGUCCUAAUAUCGCAUGAAUCGAGUAAGCCUGGCCAAUUUGUGGCGGAGAGGGCGCAGAGAUUGCUCUACAAGUACGACAGGAUCGGGCCCAAGGUGGUGGGUAGUGUGGCGAAUGAGGUGACAACGGUGGCCUUUCUCGAGGAGGAGGUGGAGAACAUCCGGGCAGCAAUGCGCAGUGAUCUCUACGAGCUGGAGCUGGAUGUCCAACACCCUUCUGGCGCCUACAUGCAUUGGCAGAUGGUGAAUAUGUAUCAGGGAGUCACGAAUGUGGCUGUCAAGAUUAGUAGCAGGAGCUCCAAUAGUUCGUCCUUCCUGCUGGUCAAUAGUCACUUUGAUUCCAAGCCCAGCAGUCCUGGUUCCGGAGAUGAUGGCACUAUGGUUGUGGUCAUGCUGGAAGUCCUUCGCCAGGUGGCCAUAUCGGACACCCCAUUCGAACAUCCCAUUGUGUUUCUUUUCAACGGAGCUGAGGAGAAUCCUUUGGAGGCGUCACACGGCUUCAUUACCCUUCAUAAGUGGGCGGGAAACUGCAAGGCUCUUAUAAAUCUGGAAGUGGCCGGCAGCGGAGGUCGUGACCUCUUGUUCCAGAGCGGACCGAAUAAUCCCUGGCUCAUUAAGUACUAUUACCAGAAUGCGAAACAUCCGUUUGCCACCACAAUGGCCGAGGAAAUAUUUCAGUCUGGCAUUUUACCAUCAGAUACGGAUUUCCGUAUCUUUCGCGACUACGCACAACUGCCAGGCCUCGACAUGGCACAAAUCAGCAAUGGCUAUGUAUACCACACAAUAUUUGAUAAUGUUCAGGCGGUGCCUAUUGAUUCCCUACAAAGUUCUGGAGAAAAUGCCUUAUCUCUGGUGCGGGCUUUUGCCAAUGCUUCCGAAAUGCGGAACCCAGAGGAUCACAGCGAAGGACAUGCCGUUUUCUUCGACUAUCUGGGCCUAUUUUUUGUGUACUACACUGAAACCACUGGCAUAGUCCUCAACUGUUGCAUUGCCGUUGUCAGUUUGGUUCUGGUGGGCUGCUCCCUCUUGAGGAUGGGUCGUGAGUCGGAUGCCUCUAUUGGCCGAGUGUCCAUGUGGUUCGCCAUAAUCCUGGGCCUUCAUGUGCUGGGAAUGCUCCUCAGCCUUGGGCUGCCUCUGCUGAUGGCAGUUAUGUUCGAUGCCGGAGACCGAUCCAUGACAUACUUCAGUAACAAUUGGCUGGUGAUUGGGCUGUUCAUCGUUCCAGCAAUUAUUGGGCAGGUUCUGCCCUUGACUCUCUACUACACCCUAAAACCGAAUGACGAAAUCAGCCACCCCAACCACAUACAUAUGAGCCUCCAUGCGCACUGUGUGCUUCUGUCUUUAAUUGCCAUUAUACUCACGUCUAUAAGUCUGAGGACUCCUUAUCUGUGCAUGAUGUCCUUGCUGUUUUACGGAGGAGCUCUGUUGAUCAAUCUUCUAAGUACUCUACACGAUCGAGGAUACUAUUGGGUGCUGAUGGUGCAGGUCCUGCAACUAGUGCCCUUCCUGUACUUAUGCUACCUCUUCUACACUUUCCUCAUGGUGUUCUUUCCCAUGCUGGGGCGCUUUGGGCACGGCACUAAUCCCGAUCUCCUGAUCGCUGUGAUCUGCGCGGUUGGAACGUUCUUUGCACUGGGAUUUGUGGCUCCUCUGAUAAAUAUGUUCCGCUGGCCCAAAUUGGCGCUGCUCGGAUUGGGAGUAGUCACCUUUAUAUUCAGCAUGAUAGCGGUUUCGGAAGUGGGCUUUCCAUAUCGGGCCAAAACCAGCGUGAUGAGAAUUCACUUCCUGCACGUUCGGCGCAUUUUCUAUGAGUACGAUGGCUCCGUGAGUCUCAGUGAUUCUGGCUACUACUUCGACUUUCAGGACCGUCGUCUUUAUUAUCCACUGGAGAACACCUCGGUCAAUCUAACUGGCUUGGCUAGCACCUCCUCUGAGUGCGAUAAGUAUCUGAUGUGUGGAGUGCCUUGCUUCAAUCACCGUUGGUGUAAGACUCGCACCAAGAGCCAUUGGUUGCCUCGCGAGCAGGAGGUCGCCAUUCCAGGAGCGACGUCACUCAAGCUGCUUAGCAAAGCUGUCUUGGACUCCGGAAAGGUGGCCAGGUUUGAGUUCGAGAUGUCGGGGCCACCGCACAUGAGCCUAUAUAUUCAACCUCUGGAUGGGGUUGAGGUGGAGGAUUGGUCCUUCAUUCGGAACAUGCUGGAUGAACCCGACACAUACUCACCGCCAUAUCAAAUAUUCUUCGCCUAUGGCAAGGACAGUUCUCCCUUAAAGUUUCAUAUUGAUUUUGCAAAAUCCUCGGGUGACUUCAGCACUCCAACCUUCCAGCUGGGAUUUGCUGCUAGUUUUGUUAGCUACGAUUUUGAUCGAGACGCUGCUGGCCUGAAGUUUAUAGCCGAUUUCCCCGACUUUGCUCACGUUAUGGAAUGGCCGACGUUGUAUGAACGUUAUAUAUUUUAAGUUGGUGAACGUAUGGCACAUCUUGCUACCUUUUGUUUGCACCAAACAACGCCUCUUUUAGCUCUAAACGUCUAGAUUUAAGUCUUAUAAUUAAACGCACAAGUCCUAAAUCGUGCAUAGAGAACUUA